AUGAUAGCUGCUCAUGGUGAUGAUGUGUGUGAUGAUGGGGAUGAUGACUCAGAUAGCUGUGUUGAACUCAGACUACUCCAGUGUGGGGUCACCGACUGCUGCCAGCGCACUUGCCAGGAGGCUGCACUGAGGGGAAAGUUCCGGAAGUCCCAUAUCCCUGGGGUGAGCAUCUGGCAGCUGGUGGAGGAGAUCCCUGAAGGCUGCAGCACACCAGACUUUGAGCAGAAGCCCGUCACCUUGGCUCUGCCAGAGGGGAAAAAUGCUAUCUUUCGGGCUGUGGUCUGUGGGGAGCCCAGGCCCGAGGUGCAUCGGCAGAACUCCAAAGGUGACCUCAGUGACUCCAGCAAGUACAAGAUCUCCUCCAGCCCUGGCAGCAAGGAUCACGUGCUGCAGAUCAGCAAGCUGACAGGUGAGGACACGGAUCUGUACCGCUGCAUAGCAGUAAAUAUGUACGGAGAGGACACGUGCUCAGCGAGACUCACUGUCAUUGAAGUUGGCUUUCGGAAGAAUUGGAAGAGGCACAAGGAACCACAGGAAGACCUCAGGAAGGAGCUGAUGGACUUCCGGAAGUUGCUGAAGAAGAGGGCCCCACCAGCCCCUGAGAAAAAGAUAGACCUUGAGCAGGUAUGGCAGCUGCUGACGACGGCAGACAGGAAGGACUACGAGCAGAUCUGCAUGAAGUACGGCAUCGAUGACUACCGUGGCAUGCUGCGCAGGCUACAGGAGAUGAAGAAGGAGCAGGAGGACAAGAUGGCACAGUACAUCAAUGCCAUCUCCAGCUUAAGACACAUCAGGGUCACCAAGGAUGGGAUUGCAAAGUUUGACCUGGAGCUGGAUCUCAAGGAUUCUCAGAGCAAGAUUUACCUGUAUAAGGACGGUGAGAUGAUCCCCUAUGGCUUCAACAACCAGACCAAGCACUGUCUGUGCCGGCUGGGAAAGCACUAUGAGUUCCAGAUCCAAGACCUGAGGCCUGAGGACUCUGGCAUUUACCAGGUCAAGGUGGAGGAUGCUGUGGUCUUCUCCACAGAACUGGAGGCCAGUGCCAUACCCCCAAGAGUGGUGAUCCCACUGGCGGAGACCCACUGUGAGGAGCACGGUGACGCAGCCUUCGAAUGUACCUUCUCCAGCCCCUGCCCUAGUGCAGCCUGGCAUUUCCGGCACCGGCUACUCCACCCCAGUGACAAACAUGAAGUGUUUGUGUCCCCCGACGGGCUGACCCACCGGCUGGUGGUGAGGGGGGCCCGUUUCUCAGACAUGGGCCCCUAUUCGCUGGGCACUGGGCCCUACAUUUCCAGCGCCUGGCUGGUGGUUGAAGCUGGGAAGGAUAAAGACCUUCAGUCCACAAGUGCUGACCACCAACUACAGAGCAGGAGAGGUGGCAAAGAUGGCAGGUUGGACAUCUAUGGAGAGAGGAGAGAUGCUACCCGAAGUUCCACAUCCAGAUACAAGCCUGGCACUGGCAGUUUCUCCAAGGAGAUCUGAGGCCCCACAGGCCACUUCUCCCAGGGCUUGGCUGACAUGAAGGUGCAGCAGGGGGAGGCUGCCACACUCUCCUGUACCCUCACCAGUGACCUGGGACCCGGCACCUGGUUUAAGGAUGGCGUCAAGCUCACCGCCCAGGAUGGAGUCAUCUUUAAGCAAGAUGGUCUUGUGCACAGCCUCUUCAUCGCGCGUGUGCAGGGGACCCAAGCCGGGAGGUACACCUUUGUAGCUGGUGACCAGCAGAGCGAGGCCACUCUGACUGUCCAGGAUUCCCCUACCAUUGCUCCAGAUGUGACAGAGAAACUGAGAGAGCCACUGGUGGUCAAGGCUGGGAAGCCGGUGACAGUGAAGAUCCCCUUCCAGAGCCACCUUCCCGUUCAGGCUGCCUGGAAAAAGGACGGGGCCAAGGUGGUGGGCAGUGGUGACAAGGAGGCCUAAGUGGACCUGGGGGACGGCUACACGCAGCUGUGCCUCCCCAGCACAGGCAGGAAGGACAGCGGCCAGUACAGUGUGACGCUGAGGAGUGAGGGAGGCUCUGUGCAGGCCGAGCUCACCCUGCAAGUCAUAAACAAGCCUGAUUCCCCACAAGGCCCCAUGGAGGUUCAGAAUUGCCACAGGGCUGGUGUCUGCCUCUGCUGGCGGCCCCCAAGGGAUGAUGGGGGCCACCCUGUAGAGUGCUACUUGGUGGAGAGAUGGCAGGCUGGCAGGAGCACUUGGCUGAAGGUGGGCGAGGCCCCUGCUGACAGCACCACCUUCACGGAUGCCCAUGUGGAGCCAGGCAGGAAGUAUGCCUUCCGAGUGCGGGCUGUGACCUCAGAGGGGGCUGGCGAGGCCCUGGAGUCUGAGGAGACAUUGCCCCAUCCGGGUGGGACUCAUAUGAGCGGGCUGUUCACAGAGAGGAGGUGGACGGUGGCGGACGUGCGGCAGGGCUGUCAGUACGAGUUCCGGGUCACAGCUGUGGCUCCCUCAGGCCCUGGAGAGCCUGGACCCCCAUCAGAUGCCGUCUUUGCUCGGGACCCCAUGAAGCUCUGCUUCAAUUACUUCACACGGAACCGGGGCUGGAACGGGGUUGGUGAGUGGCUCCCGUGCCAUGCGGGCACCGUGCCAGUCACCACCUACACGGCCAAGGGCCUUCGGCCUGGAGAAGGCUACUUUGUGCAGGUGACAGCAGUUAAUGAAGGAGGUCAGAGCCAGCCCACUGCCCUGGACACAUUAGUGCAAGCCAUGCCUGUUACUGUCUGUCCCAAGUUCCUUGUGGACUCCAGCACCAAGGACUUGCUGACGGUCAAGGUCGGGGACACUGUUCGUGUGCCCGUCUCCUUUGAAGCCGUGCCCAUGCCUGAGGUGACCUGGCUGAAGGACGGCUUGCCCUUGCCCAAAAGAAGUGUGACCGUCACUAAGGAUGGCCUCACCCAGCUUCUGAUCCCUGUGGCUGGCCUCUCAGACAGUGGUCUCUACACUGUAGUGCUGAGGACCCUGCAGGGGAAGGAGGUUGCCCACAGCUUCCGUAUCAGGGUGGCAGCAUGUCCGCAGGCACCUGGGCCCAUCCACCUGCAGGAGAACGUGCCUGGGACAGUGACGGCUGAGUGGGAGCCCUCUCCGGACGAGGCCCGGGGUGUCCCGCUACACUAUGCAGUGUUCACGCGCUCCUCGGCGCAUGGACCCUGGUGCGAGGCAGCCGACCGCAUCCACACCAACCGCUUCACCCUCCUGGGCGUCCUCCCUGGCCACGAGUACCACUUCAAGGCGGUGGCCCAGAAUGAGCUGGGGGCCAGCAAACCCUCCUACACCAGCCAGCCCUGGUGCAUACCCCAGCAGCGCGACAAGUUCCCAGUGAAGGCUCAGAGCUACCGGAAGCCGGACCUGAGCCAGAAGCCCCGGUUCCUGGUGGGCCUGCGGUCCCAUCUGCUACCCCAGGGCUGCGAGUGCUGCAUGAGCUGCGCCGUGCAGGGCUCACCCCGGCCCCACGUCACCUGGUUCAAGAACGACCGCAGCUUGGAAGGAAACCCCGCAGUGUACAGCACUGACCUGAUGGGCGUGUGCUCCCUCACCAUCCCCAGUGUAUCCCUGAAGGACAGCGGAGAGUACAAGGCUGUGGCCGAGAACACGCUGGGCCAGGCAGUCAGUACUGCCACCCUCAUUGUCAUAGGUACGGGGCAGGAUGGCUGCCCCUCUCGACCAACUGGAAUAUCCUGUGUCUUGCAGAACCCAGCGACUAGCCUCACCUCACCCUGGGAUGGUCCUGGACCCUUGAAGCUUCACUUCCGACACCUGCACUGGCCUGAGAAGCCAAUCCCAAGGAUGGAGGCUGGCCCUGGCCUGAGAGUCCUGGAGCAGGAACUGGAUGAGCUUUGGAUGGUACAGGCCCAGCUGGGGCUGAAGCUCCGAGAAACAGGGGUACACAAGCAGGCACUGGCCAAAGCCCCUGAGAGAGAUUUGCCUAGGCACUGUGGGGCAGGGUGGAGACCCUGGCCACCAGCCUCCGGGAGACCCAGGAGAUGCUCCAAGCCCUGGAGAGAGGAGUAUAGGAGGCACAGGAGCCAGCUGGGGCAGAGGCUGGGGGAUGUAGCCCAGAGCACCUUGGAGGUGGAAAGGGUGUGGACCAGUGGGACCAGCAACAUAAGGGCCAAAAGUCCCAAGGAGAGCAAAGCAGGGGUUGAGCAGUUGGACAGAGAUGGAGGGAGCAGGAGAGGCCUGGACCCCUUCCUUCCCAAGUUCCUGGAGUCAGCCUGCCAUCCCAGACAUGACCACCAGGUGGCACCACAGGCUUUGCGGCCGGGCUGGAGCCUGCGCGAGGACAGUGGGCCCUUUGAGACCUCUGGGGACAACCUGGGACUCCCUCCUCCUCGGCCCCUGCGGGACCCUGUGGGACCCUGGGGACAGAGCGAGUGGAACAGAGGCUGGGCCCACACAUCAGGCCUCACCUCUUCUUCCCAGGAUGCACAGCUGGGAAUCUCCCUGAGAGUCAAGGAGAGCAUGGCACCCUCCACAGGGGAGCCUCUGGCGGUGGCCAGGAGAGAGGCGAGCGGCCUCAGGGGCGCGGCCUUGGCUGCUGACAGCGCUGUCGCACUACUAGGACAUGUGUACUGGGGUGCCCAGCAAAGCCCUGACCCCUACAGCAAAGCCAAGCCCUACCAGCCUGCACUCCCACCCCCAAUGGUUCUCUGUGGAGCUGUCGUCCCUGUGUGGACAUACCCCCUCACCCAGGAAGCUCAGCCCUGA